GUUCUCACUCCAAAUUGUGACAAACGUCGAAACUCAACAACUUCUCGACGCUAUUAAAACGACCUGCAAUCAAUUAGAACAGGGCACGUUGACAAUCGUAUUGUCACAUCUAUUCUCACCGUCGGAAAACCCGCACCCUACUUCAGUUUCCCCGCCACAACCAACCGUGUUGUCGAGAUGUUGCUCGAAGGAGACCCCUCAAAGCCCAUUCGGCACACCAUUGCCAACUUCCACAUCGCGCCCGACAAGCUCGCCGUCGCGCGCGUCGCCGAGUCCCUAUCGACGCUCCAGCAGGCUCGCGACCUGCGGCUCCGCGAGGCCGAGGGCGCGCUGCGCAAGCUGUCGCGGCAGCUCGGCACGCUGCAGGGCCAACACACGGAGCUGACGGCGGCGCACUCCUCGGCCGAGCACGCGUCCGAGAUUGCGCGGCUCGACACGCACAAGUUCCGCAUCGCAAAGGCCGCCUCGGACCUCGAGAUGGAGACGGAGCGCCUGCAGACCCAGGCCGCCGACCUCGCCGCCCGCCUGCAGGAGCUCGAGCUGCAGGGCGUCGACGGCGGGUCGCCCGGCUCGGGGCCCGUCGUCGGCAUGGGCGCCGUCGAGGACGAGGUGCUGCUGCGCCUCAAGGUGUAUCGCGGCUUGGGCAUCGAGAUCGAGAGGGAUGGGAAGGAUGGCGAGUUCAGUCGUGCCGUCGUGAGGAAUGACCGCAAGGGGGACGUCCACGUUGUCAAUAUAGAUCGGAAGUUUUCGAGGUUCUUCUACGCCAAUUACUUCUGGCAGACGCUCUGAGGGCGAGAUUCUGAGGGCGAAAGGGGGUUUCGGGCGCGAGCAUUGGGGCGGAGGGGCGUUUUGAGGUGUUUGUUUUGUUUUCACGGAUACCAGAUGGUCGGGCUAGUCUAAGUUCAGGGGUUCAAAGGUCGAUAUAUUUGAAUCAGUUUUAUUGGAUUCACACUCUUCGAAACUUGAAUCCUCGGUGGUCACGCCGCCUGAGUUGCCCACGUCGGUUUUUGACAGGUCCCCCUGGAUUCCAAAUCCUAGCAUAUCCGAGUACUCCGUUGGCUCGUAUUGUUGAGUUGUUGAGCCUAACCUCCUCAACUUAGAGCAUCUGUACCUCUCUUGCUGUUCCACGUAUACCUACCUAGUUUAUCUCGGAAUUGUCGAUGCAGCAAAUGCUGUGGUGUUUUCUUCGAGGUGCAAGCUUCAGGGGAGAAAGAGAGCGAGAGCGCGGC